CCCUCACCUUAAUCUUAACGUUUACCACAAGUAGUACAAACGCAAAACUGACCUUAGAACAGCGGUUAGGGACAUCUUCAGUUUAGUGUGGCAGCCAUUUUAGCUGAUUAUAGUCCUUUGCCUUCUUGUUCGUCACCAGAGCAUGGAGGACAGAAGAAGAACACCAGACGACUGCUCUCUACAGACUUUCUCUAACAUUUCUGAGCCCCUAGUCUUUAGGUCAGCAUGGUGACUCUGAAACACCUUAGUGUGGAGGACCCAGAUGACUACAUCUCUCCUCCGGUGCCUGAUGCUGACUUCACUGAGAAAACAGCUGUUACAGUUACACACAGGAGACCUACACCUGACACCAGGGAGAUGCUACUCAGCAGGACUAACAACCUAGCCUUGAGUCUAGUGCUGCUGGUGGGAUGCUACUCUGCUAUCCUGGUCCCUGCUCUUAUACCUUCAGACCCUCUGUCAGGGGCUAACGACAACCAACACACUGACAUGGUAUUACUAAACCGCUCUGCCUCCCUGCUUGUGCAGCCCUGCCAUCCGGGCUGGUGUGUGUCUCGUCUCCUCUCCCUGGACUCCUCCUCAGACCUCCAGAUUAUCCCUGUGUUCCUCCAGUCGGAGAUUGCAGCAGACAGGUCUAUUCCCUGGGACUUGGCUCCACCCCUGGGCCUCCAGGGCUGUGACGAGAGGGUGGCUAGGGCCCUGGCCUCUCUAACUCAUCCAGGCCUGCCCCCAUCUCUGGAGGGGAGAGGUAGGGGUGGGGGCUGUAGGAGGUGUGUGGUGGUGGGCAGUGGAGGGGUGCUACAUGGCAGCCACCUGGGAUCCCAUAUUGACCAGUAUGAUGUCAUCAUCAGGAUGAACAAUGCCCCAGUGUCAGGGUUUGAGAGGGACGCAGGCUCCAGGACCACUGUCCGUUUGAUGUACCCAGAGGGAGCUCCCCUUUCCCCCAGCGAGUACAGACACACCUCCCUGGUUACCCUGGUGGUCUACAAGUGCCUGGACCUGGACUGGCUCACCUCUGUCAUCACCAAACAGCCUCUGAGCUGGUGGUCCAAGCUGUGGUUCUGGAGAGACAUAGUGGAGAACAUUCCUCUGAAGCCGGAGAACAUCCAGAUACUCAACCCAGAGAUCAUGCACAAGACAGGCAUAGCACUGCAGAGAUACACACAGCAACAGGGGAAGUUAGUUCCUACGUUAGGUGCCAGUGCGGUGGUGAUGGCCCUACAGCUGUGUGAUGAGGUGAGCCUGGCAGGGUUUGGUUAUGACCUGCAGCAUCCCAGUGCCAGACUACACUACUAUGAGAGUCUAAGUAUGGACGCCAUCAAGGCCCAGGUACACUACAGUAUAUAAGAGCAGUGGAGAGAGAAUGACAAACACUGAUUGUUUGCUGUUCCCAUCAAAACAUUUGUUAGCUUGUGCUACUCGUAAGGCCCAGGUACACUACUUGUGCUACUCGUAAGGUCCAGGUACACUACUUGUGCUACUCGUAAGGCCCAGGUACACUACUUGUGCUACUCGUAAGGCCCAGGUACACUGCUUGUGCUACUCGUAAGGCCCAGGUACACUACUUGUGCUACUCGUAAGGCCCAGGUACACUGCUUGUGCUACUCGUAAGGUCCAGGUACACUGCUUGUGCUACUCGUAAGGUCCAGGUACACUACUUGUGCUACUCGUAAGGUCCAGGUACACUACUUGUGCUACUCGUAAGGCCCAGGUACACUGCUUGUGCUACUCGUAAGGUCCAGGUACACUACUUGUGCUACUCGUAAGGUCCAGGUACACUACUUGUGCUGCUCGUAAGGCCCAGGUACACUGCUUGUGCUACUCGUAAGGCCCAGGUACACUACUUGUGCUACUCGUAAGGUCCAGGUACACUACUUGUGCUGCUCGUAAGGCCCAGGUACACUACUUGUGCUACUCGUAAGGCCCAGGUACACUACUUGUGCUACUCGUAAGGCCCAGGUACACUGCUUGUGCUACUCGUAAGGUCCAGGUACACUACUUGUGCUACUCGUAAGGUCCAGGUACACUACUUGUGCUGCUCGUAAGGCCCAGGUACACUGCUUGUGCUACUCGUAAGGCCCAGGUACACUACUUGUGCUACUCGUAAGGUCCAGGUACACUACUUGUGCUGCUCGUAAGGCCCAGGUACACUACUUGUGCUACUCGUAAGGCCCAGGUACACUACUUGUGCUACUCGUAAGGCCCAGGUACACUGCUUGUGCUACUCGUAAGGCCCAGGUACACUACUUGUGCUACUCGUAAGGUCCAGGUACACUACUUGUGCUACUCGUAAGGCCCAGGUACACUACUUGUGCUACUCGUAAGGCCCAGGUACACUACUUGUGCUACUCGUAAGGUCCAGGUACACUACUUGUGCUGCUCGUAAGGCCCAGGUACACUACUUGUGCUACUCGUAAGGCCCAGGUACACUACUUGUGCUACUCGUAAGGCCCAGGUACACUACUUGUGCUGCUCGUAAGGUCCAGGUACACUACUUGUGCUACUCGUAAGGCCCAGGUACACUACUUGUGCUACUCGUAAGGCCCAGGUACACUACUUGUGCUACUCGUAAGGCCCAGGUACACUACUUGUGCUACUCGUAAGGCCCAGGUACACUACUUGUGCUACUCGUAAGGCCCAGGUACACUACUUGUGCUACUCGUAAGGCCCAGGUACACUACUUGUGCUACUCGUAAGGUCCAGGUACACUACUUGUGCUACUCGUAAGGUCCAGGUACACUACUUGUGCUACUCGUAAGGCCCAGGUACACUACUUGUGCUACUCGUAAGGCCCAGGUACACUACUUGUGCUACUCGUAAGGUCCAGGUACACUACUUGUGCUACUCGUAAGGCCCAGGUACACUACUUGUGCUACUCGUAAGGCCCAGGUACACUACUUGUGCUACUCGUAAGGCCCAGGUACACUACUUGUGCUACUCGUAAGGUCCAGGUACACUACUUGUGCUACUCGUAAGGCCCAGGUACACUACUUGUGCUACUCGUAAGGUCCAGGUACACUACUUGUGCUACUCGUAAGGCCCAGGUACACUACUUGUGCUACUCGUAAGGCCCAGGUACACUACUUGUGCUACUCGUAAGGCCCAGGUACACUACUUGUGCUACUCGUAAGGCCCAGGUACACUACUUGUGCUACUCGUAAGGCCCAGGUACACUACUUGUGCUACUCGUAAGGCCCAGGUACACUACUUGUGCUACUCGUAAGGUCCAGGUACACUACUUGUGCUACUCGUAAGGCCCAGGUACACUACUUGUGCUACUCGUAAGGCCCAGGUACACUACUUGUGCUACUCGUAAGGUCCAGGUACACUACUUGUGCUACUCGUAAGGUCCAGGUACACUACUUGUGCUACUCGUAAGGUCCAGGUACACUACUUGUGCUACUCGUAAGGUCCAGGUACACUACUUGUGCUACUCGUAAGGCCCAGGUACACUACUUGUGCUACUCGUAAGGUCCAGGUACACUACUUGUGCUACUCGUAAGGUCCAGGUACACUACUUGUGCUACUCGUAAGGUCCAGGUACACUACUUGUGCUACUCGUAAGGUCCAGGUACACUACUUGUGCUACUCGUAAGGCCCAGGUACACUACUUGUGCUGCUCGUAAGGCCCAGGUACACUACUUGUGCUGCUCGUAAGGCCCAGGUACACUACUUGUGCUACUCGUAAGGCCCAGGUACACUACUUGUGCUGCUCGUAAGGCCCAGGUACACUACUUGUGCUGCUCGUAAGGUCCAGGUACACUACUUGUGCUGCUCGUAAGGUCCAGGUACACUACUUGUGCUGCUCGUAAGGUCCAGGUACACUACUUGUGCUGCUCGUAAGGCCCAGGUACACUACUUGUGCUGCUCGUAAGGUCCAGGUACACUACUUGUGCUGCUCGUAAGGUCCAGGUACACUACUUGUGCUGCUCGUAAGGUCCAGGUACACUACUUGUGCUGCUCGUAAGGUCCAGGUACACUACUUGUGCUGCUCGUAAGGUCCAGGUACACUACUUGUGCUGCUCGUAAGGCCCAGGUACACUACUUGUGCUACUCGUAAGGUCCAGGUACACUACUUGUGCUACUCGUAAGGUCCAGGUACACUACUUGUGCUACUCGUAAGGUCCAGGUACACUACUUGUGCUACUCGUAAGGUCCAGGUACACUACUUGUGCUACUCGUAAGGUCCAGGUACACUACUUGUGCUACUCGUAAGGCCCAGGUACACUACUUGUGCUACUCGUAAGGUCCAGGUACACUACUUGUGCUACUCGUAAGGCCCAGGUACACUACUUGUGCUACUCGUAAGGCCCAGGUACACUACUUGUGUAAGGUCCAGGUCAGAGAAGCACUUUGAAUUAUACAUAUUUUUCAAAUUAAAGUCUCUUAAGUAUCUUCCUGUAUUGAUUGUCUUUGUCCAGGUAGUACAUGAUGUGAACGCUGAGAAGCUCUUCCUCAGAGAGCUAGUGGCUGCAGGUGUCUUGACUGACCUCACAGGGGCGCUGUGACAAAGAGACAGUACCAGGGAUGGACCCUGUUCUACCAGUUGUGGUUGGAGGUUAACUGCCUUGCUCAAGGACAGAACGGCAGAUUUUUCCACCUUGCCGGCUCGGGGAACCAGCGACCUUUCUUAACAACCCCUGGUUCCUUUUAAUAGCAUGAUGAUUCAACCAAUCAAGGCUUAGUUGAAAAAUGUACUAUUAUUAUAUACUAUAUUAUGCACUAUAAAAAUGUACUAUUAUUAUAUACUAUAUUAUGCACUAUAAAAAUGUAUGCACCCAUUACUGUAAGUCGCUUUGGAUAAAGGUGUCUGCUAAAUGUCAUGUGUAAUUAUUAUAUAUUAAAUGCCGAAAGCAGCC